AUGACUUCCUACAUGUAUUAUCCAAAUUACGCGGCUCCUUGCCCUGGGCCAGCUGUGCCUCCACGUCAAGCUUUCCAUGGUCAUUCCCAAUCCAUGGGUGCUCCCGUUGGAAAUUAUGGUUAUUAUCCCGAAGCCCAGCCUUUGCAACCAUAUUACCAACCACAACAUCAGCAGGGUUUCCAUCACCGUUACUCCUCGAGCUAUCAGAUGGUGUUACCUCCUCCUGGUAUGGGAUUUGUGGCUCCUGCUGUCCCACAAGCCCCGAUGUUACCACAAUUGCAACAGCCAUCUUAUCAGCCUCCAAUGCCAAACCAACAACCUCAAUACGACCAUGGCGGCAGCCAAGUCAAUGGUGGCGUGCGUGAUGUGCUGGACUACGAUCUCAACUUCAUGGCUGAAUUUGUGGUUAAAAAUGCCUACUUGAUCUUCGACAACGAAGAGGCUCUCGCUGUUGAGCCUUCCAGUGUUUUGAACAUAUUUAACAAAGGUGUGAGCUCUGUUUUGAAUGCAACCAGGUUGCCAUCGGUGACCGUCUUCAUGGCACUAGAUUUUCUUUGCAAAUAUGUCGCGAAGCUGCCCACAGGCAUACAUGCUCUGGGAGGUGAUUCCGUUAACAUCAUCUAUCAGAAUUUGAUGAUUGCUUUUGUGUUGGCGAACAAGUUCAACGAUGAUAAAACCUUUACCAACAAAUCUUGGUCUCAUGCAACCGGUAUGGAGUUAUCUGUUAUCAAUAAAUUCGAGAGAGACUGGCUUGCCGUUUUUGAAUGGAAAUUAUUCGACGACAAUUUUGUAUUAUUCGAUGAAUAUCACAAAUCAUUCGAACAAUUCUGCCAAGAAAAAACGACGCCGUUUUCUUACAGUUCCUACAACCUGUCAAACUCGUCGCCCUUACCUAAAUAUGGAUCUGACUUGUCUCCGAGCCAUCAAAACGGGUCCGGAUUUCAGACCCCUGUUCAACUCCCUUCUAUGGUCUAUUCUUCACCUUCUUACACGGAUGGAAGAAGUGCUACAAGCAAUUCGUUUUAUCAGCAAUCACUUGCUUCACCCACUUCUAAAGGAACCCCAACUUCAAAGAAUGGUUUUUCUUCUGGCACCAGCUACAACUAUUAUAAUGCACCAAUGCAAGUCCCGCCACUUGCUCCGGUUUGGGGUGGUCCUACGGAGGAUUUAUAUGCUCCAUCUCAGUUUGUUCCACCAAGUAAAGCUUAUUAUUGUUAUUGA